AUGGAUGAAAAAAGAAGAACAUGCGAGGAAAUUGGAAAGGAACUUCAUGCAGCACUUUGUGAAUUAGACGGUGAUAAUUUCAAGAGGUUAAGCACACAAUUGAGAGUCUUGCCACGGAUCACUAGGUGGCCUGAUGUAGAACUAUGCUUCCGUGUUCCCGCGAUAACUGGUGUUAUCCCAUUGACCGCUGACAUCGACUUAGAUGCGUUACUCGGUCAUAUCCCAAGUCCACCGAAUAGUGCUCAGGUUGAAACGGUGAACGUCAGAAUCGACAUUGAUGAAGACGAAGUUGGACCGGUGGUUCAGAGCAGUGAACAAGCAUCCACAUUGGGUACCGAGGAGACGACUUUCCGUACUGCGUCCAGUGUGGAACCCCCUAUCGGACUUGGAUCGACGGAUUAUGAGGAUCUGCUUCUCGUAGAGGACAAUUGGGGUCAGUAUUGUGUGGAUUAUUGA